UACAAUACGGUAGUGAUUGGACCCAUAUCAACUCGUAAUUUACUCGAUCGAGUUAAUUUUACUCGAAUGAUUCGAGUUACAGGAAUUAAACCUAUUUUGACUCCCGAAUUAAAAAUGCGUAAUUCGGAUCACGAUGAAUACGA